AUGGCUUACCAAGACACUCAUGCUCCGAAGAGAGAGGUUCAAAGAAUGCAAUUCGGCAUUCUGAGUCCAGACGAAAUUCUGCAAAUGUCCGUUACGGACAACGGUGGGAUAAAGCAUCCCGUAAGUACUGAAAACGGCUGUCCCAAGAUAGGCGGAUUGAUGGAUCCGCGUCAGGGCGUAGUCGACCGAACAGGCAGAUGCUUGACGUGUGGGGGGAACAUGGCGGAAUGUCCGGGUCAUUUCGGACAUAUUGUGCUCUCGAAACCAGUUUUCCAUGCAGUAUUCUUGCCGAAGAUCAUUAAAGUUAUGAGAUGUGUUUGCUUCUACUGUUCCAGAUUGCUCGUUGAUCCGGAACUGCCAAAAAUGAAGAUGAUAUUAAGUAAAACUAAAAGUGACUUUAAUCGUAGACAAAAUUUGGUGUACAACCUCUGCAAAGUUAAAACCACCUGUGAGUGUAGGAGUGGGGAUGUCGAAACAGGAGAGAAAAUGGAACAAGAUGUGGUGGAAGGAUGCGGUCGUCACCAGCCGAAAAUCAGAAAGAUUGGUUUGGAGUUGACGGCAGAAUGGAAUGUGCUUAAUCACGAGAGCCAAGAAAAAAAGAUUGUGCUGACGGCCGAACGCGUUCUUGAGAUCUUCCGGGAGAUCACUGACGAGACGUGCUCGUAUUUAGGAAUGGACGCCAGGUACGCACGACCUGAUUGGAUGAUUGCGACCAUCUUACCAGUGCCUCCACUGCCUGUUAGACCGUCUGUCCUCAAUUUCGGAGCAGCUAGGAGUCAGGAUGACAUAACAUACAAACUGGCCGACAUUAUAAAGAUCAACAACAAAUUGAAGCGCAACGAAGAGCAAGGAGCUCCCCCCCACAUUUUGGAUGAAAACAUUAAAUUGCUUCAGUAUCAUGUGGCUACCAUGAUUAACAACGAAAUGCCUGGACAGCCUAAGGCCACUCAGAGAUGUGGUCGUCCGUUGAAAUCCAUCACAGAGCGUUUGAAGGGCAAGGAAGGUCGUGUCCGUGGUAAUCUCAUGGGAAAGAGAGUUGAUUUUUCGGCGAGGACAGUUAUUACACCAGACCCCAUGUUGAAGAUUGAUCAAGUUGGCGUUCCUAUGACAAUUGCCAAAAACCUCACCUAUCCAGAGCUGGUCACCCCCUUCAACAUCGAUAGGUUGACUCAACUGGUGCACAGAGGGCCCAACAAUUACCCUGGUGCCAGGUACAUAAUCAAGCAAAAUAAUGCUCGCAUUGAUCUAAGAUAUCAUCGUAAAUUAUCUGAUCUACAUCUUCAAAUUGGGGAAACGGUUGAGCGUCAAAUGCUAGACGACGAUUACGUGAUCUUCAAUCGUCAGCCCACAUUGCACAAGAUGUCUAUGAUGUGUCACAAGGUCAAAAUCAGUCAGCUGUCAUCAGUUAAAAGGAUGAUCAUAACUCCACAAGCCAACAGACCCGUUAUGGGCAUUGUUCAAGAUUCCCUGACCGCUGUUAAUAAAAUGACUAGAAGAGAUUCGUUUAUUGACAAGAAAAACAUGAUGGACCUUAUCAUGUACAUACCACAUUGGAAUGGGAAAAUACCUCAACCGGCGAUUUUAAAACCCGAACCUCUCUGGACCGGCAAGCAACUUUUCUCCCUCAUAAUUCCCGGCCAGAUAAACUGCAUACGUACUCACAGCACGCAUCCCGACGAUGAAGACAGGGGACCGUACAAAUGGAUCUCACCCGGAGAUACGAAGGUAAUUGUUGAGAACGGACAGCUACUUAGUGGAAUUCUGUGCAAGAAAUCACUUGGACCUAGUUCUGGAUCACUCCAGCAUAUUAUCUACCACGAAUUGGGACGCGAAGCAACAGGAGAUUUUUACUCGCACGUACAAAUGGUUACCAAUCAGUGGCUUCUUACUGAGGGACACAGCAUUGGUGUAGCAGACAUUAUUGCAGAUUAUAAGACAUAUAUGGAUAUCCAAUUAGCUGUCAUGGAAGCCAAAGCCAAUGUAGCUGAUAUUACCUAUAAAGCUCAAAAGGGUGAGCUGGAACUAACUCCUGGUAACACUUUUAUACAAACCUUUGAAAAUCAGGUUAAUCGUAUCUUGAAUGAUGCAAGAGACCAAACAGGCAGAUUGGCUCAGGAUUCUUUAUCGGACUUUAACAACUUUAAAACAAUGGUAGUUGCUGGAUCAAAGGGGAAUAGAAUCAAUAUUUCACAAAUCAUAGCCUGUGUAGGGCAACAAAAUGUAGAGGGCAAACGUAUCCAAUUUAGUUUCCGUGAUCGGACUCUUCCUCACUUCCUGAAAAACGAUCAUGGACCUGAAAGUCAAGGUUUCGUUGAAAAUUCUUACCUGGCCGGAAUUACGCCUACUGAAUUUUACUUCCACGCGAUGGGCGGUAGAGAAGGAUUGAUCGAUACCGCUGUCAAAACUGCUGAAACUGGUUACAUUCAGCGCCGUCUCAUCAAGGCCAUGGAGAGCGUGAUGGUCAAAUACGACGGUACAGUGAGAAACCAAGCUGAGGAGCUCAUCCAGUUGCGCUACGGAGAGGAUGGUUUAGCGGGCGAGUGGGUGGAGUUCCAGAAUCUGCCAUCUCUCAAACCGUCUGACAAGGCAUUUGAGAGAGAAUUUAAAUUUGACCUAUUCAACGAAAAGUGA